AAACCACUGGAGUCCAGACAGGCGAGAGUAAGAAUAGCAGCGAUUUCAGCUAUGCCAUUUUGAUGCAGUUGUUGAGGUAGCAACCCAGAUCUUGGAUAUAUAAGACAAACUGGGGCAGCUCACUUACAAUCACCAAACACAUCAGCAUCCAUCUCAUUACCAACUCACUUCGCGAGUUUCCUUUCUGUCUUUCUUAUUUCCUUGUUUCCUUGUCUCCUACUUGGGUCUCAUUCAUUUGCUUCUUGUCUAAUACACGACACUCUCUUCAUCCUGCUGUGCAGAUCGCAAUACAUUCCUUGUUGCACAAACCAGCUUCGUCCGUUCUUCACGACAUCCGAUCCUUAGCCACACUCCCCGAGCCUCUUUCCACCAGAACAAUCACUUCAGCCAGUCAUCAUGCCUGUCCCAAGCUACGGAGCCAUGCCUUUGAGCAAGAUGUUUCUCAUGGUCCGCGUCCUCCAGGCCAUCUGCAUGAUCAUCGUCAUCGGUAUCACCUCCAAUUUCGUUCAGAUGAUCGUUACGACCGGUGUUGAGCCACCCAAAGAAUUCGUCGGGACGCUCAGUGUGACCUGUAUCGCAACACUGUACAUCAUGGUGUCUGUUGGCUACUACUGGUCUCAUGCCAAUCUCGGCCUGCUUGUCAUGACCGGUGUUGACUCCCUGCUUCUCAUCGCCUUCAUCGUCUGCGCAGUCACCCUCGGCAAGCCGAUGUCCUUCCUUAACUGCUACGUCAUUGGCAAGUCGUCCAAGGAAGUCGAUGCCCAGUACGCAUACGCUUUCGUCACAGCCGCGGCCCAGAACCUCAACACUUCGGGAGCCGGCUUGGACUUGCGCCACUGGGCUGGUGUUACGCGCACCAACUGCUUCCAGGCCAAGACUGUUUGGGGUAUGGCUAUUGCUCUCUGCAUCUUGUUCACAGUAUCGUGUACACUUCUCCCAACUCUCUGGUACAAGAACAAGAAGCCUGCCCCCAAGACCGUUGAGGAAGCCUAAACGUGGCGUCCACUAGGGUCGCAUGUUGCUACAUCAACGAACGCGACGCACGAACAAAAGGAAUGGUCAACCAAGAGCGUCCUCUGCCAGCCUUCUACGUCUUUUUCCUCAUAUUUGUCAAGUCAACAAAAAAAGGUCAUUACAAGGGAGUUUGGAGUCUUUUUAUCUUUGUUUUGUUAUAUUCUGUUUAGACAUUGAAUGUCUUUAAUCCUAAUGGAUCAUUACUGGGCAAGACCCUCCAAAACCAAUACAUCUUUGUGAUCUAUCAACGCAUUUCACAUGCACUUUUAGUCCUCU